CUGUUAUCGUUAUUAAUCUAUAUGUAUUGUAAUUAUAUUAUACAUUAGAAACCUAGCAUAGAGAACAUGUCUGAACCCGAUACUCAACUUCGCAGCAGUUUAUUUAUAUUCAUUUUUAAGGAGUACAUGAACUGUCACGGAUCAAUCUACAUGGGGGAUCUAGUGGCCGGACUCUUUCUCAGCUAUGUGCUCAACUCAGUAGAGGAUUGUGAUAUCGCUUGGUUUCCUCAACUUUUUUUCUACAUUGGUCUAUCCCACUACUUCAUUAAUACUAUUGGAGUUAUGGAAGGAUAUGAAAUCAGUUCUGUGAGUAUUGGAGAAGAAGUUAACGGUGUUGAUUUAUUUAUCCUGAACACUACGUACAUUCUUAAACAUGGAGCUAGGCUUACACAGUAUGGUUUUCUGCUCGCCCUCGGAUAUUUUAUUAGCAAGAUCUGGUUUAUGGUGGAUACUGGAGAAAUGACCCUUGAUACCUAUGAUGAAUGUCGAGAGAAAUUUUUCAAUCAAGCAAAUAAGACUGAUGAUGCGCCUGAGAAGACUUGUAAGUAUUAUUGUCAACAUUCUACUGUCUUUCUUGGAGCCAGUGCUUUCUUCUUCCAGGUUUUGUUUGGUAUACUAAUUCUUCUAUGCUGGGUUUACAUGUGGUAUGCUCAAAGGACAGAUAAUGAAAAAGCUAAAAGAGAAGACGAGCAGUGGAAAGCUUAUGAGAAAGGUCUGAAAGGGACAAACUUUGGAAGAUUAAGGGAUCUUUGUCUCUAUAUUGGCUACACUCCGUUCUUUGACGAAUAUACAGUUGGAUGUAUGUUAACCAUCAGUUUGGCUCUACCCUGGAUUAGCAUGAAUUGUAAAAGUAACACCCUACAGGUUCUGGUUGUCUACCAGGCAAUUGCCCUGAUGCAGGUGUUUAUCAAGAUCUUGAACGAGGCCAGGAUGAUGAUUGAAGAGAUAGGAGAAGCCACGAAUACUGUUAGUCUGCUUGAACACAUCAUUAUCCAGAUAUUCUUCAUAUUGAACUUCCUCAUCUUCCUGGGAGAACUUGGAAUCUUCGUAUAUCUCGGUUAUGUGUUCUUCUCUGAGAUCAAGAUUGUGCAGCACGAUGAUAUCAUCGAAGAAUACUAUUGUGUUCUCGGAGUCUGGAAUAUAACCAUCAUCAUCUUCGUGGUUCACACAGUCCUCCUAUUCUUCAGAUUCUACAUCGUCAUUCAGUCUGUUCUCAGUGAACACAGCGACGUUGAUGUAGACUCCUCUAUCGAACCGAAUGAGGAUAUAGUCCAGGAGGACAUAGAAAACGAAAGCAGAACGACUCUUAAACAGGAAAAUGGAAGCAGGAAAUCUCUUAAACAGGAAUGAAGCAGCAGGAAGACUCACAAUGAUUAGAACUUUCGGAGAAUAAACAAGUUUAAAGGGACAGAGACGUACUUUAAAGUUGAUGUUCCAUUCGCCAGGUUUCUCUUAAAAUCUCUGCACUCAUGUUUCAGCUAUAAAGAUAAGAAAUAAGGAUGUAUAGUGUUUUUCAACCUUCGCUUAUAUCUCUAAUUUUUUUAUAUUAAACAAUUAAAAUUGAAAAAAGUCAAAGUAUUUGAUCUCCGCAUUUUUAUGAUCUUUUGGAUGUGACGUAAAUUGAUUUUAAUUUUGCUUUCGCCUUGACAUGUAAUUUAUUGUAUGCAUGUGACAAUUGUUUUAAAUUCUGUAAUGCAUGUGAUAAAACUUGUAAUUUAUGUUAUCCAUGUGAACAAAUCAUAAGACUUGUAAUUUAUGUUAUCCAUGUGAUAAAAUCAUAAAACUUGUAAUUUAUGUUAUCCAUGUGAACAAACUGUUUCUCCGAUAUCUGGGAUGUAAAUUUAUGAAUAUAUUAAGCUAAGAGCUGAUUAGAAGAAUGAGUGGAAAACCUAUGAAUUUAUCAGUCAGCAGCUCAACUGGAAGCAACAGAAGCAGUUCAGAUGAAUCAUCUUCUGAAGAUGCUGUAAUCAAAGAUAACCUAAAACUUACUUCUACCAAAAACAUUGAAGAUGAUCAGACUAAACCAUCUGAAGCUGCUACUGCAAAAGAUGGAACUGGAAAAGCUGAAGAUGUUG